AUGUACCAUCAUGGGACACCAGUAAAGAGUGAAGAUCUUUAUACUGCAAUGCUGGACUUCGUUGAUUACCUCUAUAAGAAACAAAAGCCAAUCCUCUUUGGGCACAACAUUGCAGCAUAUGAUGUUCCUGUUUUGCUGAAGAAAUUACAGGAAACCCACCUGCUACCAGAAUUUUUAAAGCAAAUCGCAGGUUGUAUUGAUACCCUUAAAUUAUCUAGAAGACAGUUUGACAAAAAUGUUAUUGGUAAUUACAAACAGCAGAAUCUUGUAUCUAAGAUACUUGGUGAAGAUUAUGAUGCACAUGAUGCAAGUGCUGAUGUAAAGAGCCUUUACAAACUUCUUGGGAAGCUUGAUUUUUCAGAAAAGGACAUCUUCCCGUUUAAUGUGUCAGUAUUAACAGAAUCUCUUACUCCUCUGAUUAGAGCUUCAAGCAUAACGAAGCCAACAGCGAGGCGAUUAGCGCAAUGCGGACUUUGUCAAAGACAUUUGCAGUUGGCUUUUAACAGGGGAGGUGAAACUGGACUGAAUUUUGUGUUGAAAGAACAUGGUUUCAAAGCAAGAACAGCUAAGGCAAUCACAAGAUUUUUCUCAAGCAAAGAAGAGUAA